CGCCUCUCUCAACAUUUGAUUCGGCUACUGAUACUUGGAAGCGUCAGGUUAUCUACCUACCCACACCUUUAAAUUCUGUACAAUACACUACAAAUUGAUCCCACCGGCCUAUGAACAACUACAGACUGAUUUUCAGCUUGUGUGCUUCUUCUUUUUACACCUUAUUUAAUUCCAACCUUCAACCUCAACCUUGAACAGCAACGCCUGACCCUCUUUCAUCCACAAACGCGAACAUAAUAAACCCACCAAACACCAAACACCAAACUGGACUUUUGUCCAAACAUUUGAAAUCUCAAAUCAACUCGGAAAAAUAUUCGAAAGAAUUCAUUCCUUCGUAUCACGAAAAAAAAUAUCAAGUUGAUUAUAAGUCCCAUCUUUUCAACAUGUUGGCCAAGAUCUUCUCGCUUAAGGCUGGCGCCUCACUUCUCGCCCUCGCAUCCAGCCUCGGCGCCGUUCUUGCUGGUCCCGUCGUUGGUCGACAAACCACUGAGGGUGAGGUUGUCACUGCCGCCGUCGUCACUACAACCGUCACUGGUUAUGCUCACCCGUUGACACGCACUCCUCUGACCACUCUUGGUGCGGAUCAGUCCCCCUUGUCAUACGCCUCACCCCCCACCGCCAUCACGGUUCCUACCCGACACCAUACCCUGGUCAACGGAGCCGUCCAGACUCGAGGUGUUGAGGUCAAGGCAGAGACUCCUUCCGCCACUACCGCCGUUGAUGUUCCAGGAGCUACUGCGGUCUGCACCACCAUUGCCGGCAACUACCCCACGGCCACCAUUCCCAACUUCUGCAACCCCUCGGCCAUGGUUAACGCCCCGGGCUUCCUGCCGGCUCGCUCAAACCUCCCCACUGCCACUGUCACCAUCGGCGCUGUGUCCAACAAGCUCGACUGCUGUGUCCAGUGUGCCGAUGUCUUCAACUGCGUCGCCUGGCGCUUCGUCCCGGUCUACACCCAGACGCCCAACGCCCACCUCCCCGGCGGCUUUGACCCCUGGGGCCGCGGAGACUGCGAGGCUGUCUACCACAUCGGCAACCCCAAGGACGAGGUCGCCACCGGUAUCAUUUCUGUUGUCGACGACCAGCAGACGGCCAACCUGUGCCCCAAUGGAAAUGUCGGUGAGGUUCUGGCAGGCAGUGACGGUGACGGUGUGACCAACGGCACGGAUAGCUGGAUGAACUUGUACUAUGACGGCUGGAAUGAGGGCCCCUGUGCCAACCCUGCCGCUCCGUUUGAAGCGGGCCAGGACUCAGGAAAGGGUGACGCGGAUAAGUUGUGUGCGUAGUUGAUUUCGCGCGAACAAAAUUCUUUGAAACGCGAGUGAUGAAAACUAGGUACUUAGAGAGAGAGAGAUUACAUAGGGUUUGAAAUGAUAUGAACAAACUUGACCCAUGAACAGAUUCUUUCUGCUCCCCAUGCUUAUGUAGCAUUAAUAAUUGUG